AUGGAUGGUGCCGAGCAGGAGCGUCCGACCAAGCGUCAACGUAUCGGGAAGGCAUGCAAAUCAUGUCGCACUUCGAAAGCGCGUUGCGAAAUUCAACCAGACGCCGACGCGUGCCACCGAUGUCAAGUACUCGACCUCGAGUGUGAGCUGCCAAAGCGUAGCGCUGUUCGUGCUGCGGCGUCAACUCCCUUGAUCGAUGGGAAUGGCAAUGUCGAGGCUCGACUCGCGCGGGCUGAGCAAAUGAUUGCCAAAUUGUCCGAAGCAGUAUUUCCUCAUGCCGAGUCCGCCCUGGCCGAAGUCAUCGAUGCGACGAAUGAUGCUCCUCCGGCGGGAGACGCCAGCGACUACCCAAAACCUGUUGAAAUCCUUCAGGACUUGCAAUCCGAGUUGUACGCUCAGUCGGGCAAGCCUUCGUCAGAACAGACCGAUUUGGUUUCUGUUGGACUUCUGUCUGUCGAUACCGCAAUCCAGCUCCUCCGAACAUCCAUCGACAGGUACAGCAAGUGGAUCCCUCUGGCCGAGAUUGUCGACUUCGUUAGCAAUGUGUCUCGAGAUUUCUCUCGGAGCUCGCCCCUUCUGAUGAACGUACUUUGCUUGCUGGCGACUCGGUAUCACCCUGGGGUUUUCUCGCAAACAGUACAAGACAUGUACAGACACGUGAAGCGCCUCGUUGCAGAUGCAGUCAUCGAUACACCUCCAGUCGCGAGUAGUGUCGUUCAGGCGCUGACCUUGCUCUGCCUCUUCAACCCUACAGUCCAGACGGACAAGCCUCUGGAUAGCUGGCACCUCAGUGCUAGUACUGCCAACCAUGCAGUUGUUGCUUUUGGACCGAUCAAUGUUAGACAACCGAGCGCUGCAGAAGAACGAACUACCGAGCAAUUGCGCGUGUGGAGUGGACUCUGCCUCACUCACCUUCAGCACUCGAUCGGCAGUGGCCGGCCAGUCAGUAUAUCGAUCCGACUCAUGGAAGGUUGUCGUCGGCUACUGGACCGCCCAACGAUAUUGCCAUCCGAUACACCAUUGAUCGCCGAGCUCCAAUUCUACAUCUGCCUUCACACCGCUCUACAGAGUCCUACGGCGACUCCAGAGUCUGCUUUCGCGCCUUGGAACCUUGCAUGGAGCCGUUUCCUUACUAGCUCUGGCCCGCCCAGAACUCUUGAACUGUCUCAUUGGUUUGGGCAUCUAUUACUACAUCGCCGUAACGCUUCGUCUCAGCAAGGCUCCUCGCCACAAGCCAUACACGAAAGAAACAUACCAGCCUGGCGGGAAAGCGCGAACAUCGUUUCACAAUUUGUGCGUCACUCUUCGGACCAAGCACUUGAUCUACCUGACUUUGCUUUCUUCAUCGCAUCUUAUGCUGCACUGGUGCUCUGUGAAAGCGCAAUCGAUCAUCAUCUGGUCGAGAACCUACGAGCAUAUUUCUUCAAGGUUGCAUGCAACGAAUCACACAUUGCGUUCAAGCAUGGACGUAUCUUACAACGCGCACUGGAGAGAUCAAGACACGCCGAUCCAAGCGUCGAAGAUGGCACAAUUGCUGGCGUAGAAAUACUGCCCUACACUGCUGGAACGCCUUUGCCUUCUCAAGUUAUGGGAGCUGGUGAUCUCGAUGCCUUAGCAGGAUUCGAGGUUUUUGGCGAAUACUUCACUGUAGAGAGUCUGUUGUAG